AGAGCGUCUGCUAAAUGACGACAAAUGUAAAUGUAAAAAUUUGGGUUGCACAUUCAGUGUCCUCUCCUCUCUGCCUGGCCCCAAACAAUAAAUAACAGCUCCAUGUAGGACUAGGAACAAUGGUUGUAUGUAGUGAUACGUAUUUAUAAUGUGUAAAUAGAUUUUAAGUGAUUGGAUGUGGCUGUUUUUGUUUUCUCACCUUUAUUAAACAAUUCCUAGUCAAAUGAGUAAGGAGCAGCAUUUGUUUUAUUUUCAAGACCAUUAUAUACAAUUUCCUGUUUGAGAUUAUUUGAUAUGUCAUUCAAUGUCAAUACCAAUGUCUUGCGUCAGAUGUCUAAACUCCUAACUACCUUUUAGAUAGAUUAGACUUUGGGAUGGGUCAUCAGAUGGCCUUACUGUUUUAGGAGCCGUGGGAUCUAUGGAUUCAGGCCUGUCUGUCACAACUACUUCUGGUAGUCAUUAAACCCAUUACGAGAGCUCCAUAGUAUCGAGCAGCAUCUCCCUGGCCGCACGUGGCUUCCCAUGUUUUUUCGUCUCACGCCCAAUCCCAGAUUAACCUGGAGAUGUCAAAAGAGAAGGAAAGGUUCAUUAAGAGUAAAUAAAUCUAAUAUUGGCAGUCAGUUGACUGUUGUACACAAUAUGAAAUCCAUUUUCUUGAAACAAUGCAACAAUGCUAUGAACUUGUUACAUUUUCUGUUUCUGCCCUCUUUCAUUGUUUUGGCUAGGUUAUAAGUCUAAUCAUGCAAAUAUCUAAUCGCAGGAUUGAACUUCACAUUAGUAUUCUAUUUGUACCUGUGAAGGGGAAUGCAGUAAAGGUGCGUUAAUUGCAUGUAAUGUGAUUGUGAACACCUCUGCUUCAUUUAUGUAGGGGAAACCACCAAACAGUGGAAGCAAGCCAAGUAAAAUCCAGUCCUGACCUCUGCUGCUUCCUCAGGCCCAUUUGACCCACUCACCUCUUAAAGAGACAAAAUUUAACCAGAGAGACAAACUGCAAGCACGAGACAGGACAUGGGUGAUCGCAGUUGGACACUGGAUCAUUAACUAUAACAUAUUGUAUAAUUCAUCUUUGAUGAUUAAUUUGUUGCCAUGUCAAUAUUCACUGCAUGGUCCCGUAUGCCUUGUGUAUAUGACUAUUUUAAGCAUUAGAAUCAACUGACUCAAUAAGUGGGAGUAUCUAAGUGGGGAGGGGAGUGGUCAUAUGGGCAGAGAGUGGAUUGGAGGCUGAGCCUGAAUUUAGGAUUAUAACCUCCCACCCCCUAUUCGCCCCUCAUGUUAAAUACUGAAAUGUGAACAUCUACAGAUCAAUAUUCACUGACAGAGCGCCAACCUUGAGACUUGAGACACCCCAAGCAAUGAAUGUUAAAGCAGGCCUCUCAAAUGGCAAGAACAGCAGCAGGCUGAAGGACCUGGUCCCUGUCCCUCAGCCCCAGUCAGAGGAGAAGAUGCAGGAGAGGGGCCAAUGGAGCAACAAACUGGAGUUCAUCCUGUCUGUGAUGGGAUCCAUCAUCGGCCUGGGGAACAUGUGGCGCUUUCCUUACCUCUGCUACAAGAAUGGAGGAGGUGCAUUUCUCAUCCCCUACCUGAUCUUCCUGUUCACCUGUGGCAUACCUGUGUUCUUCCUGGAGACUGCUCUGGGCCAGUACACCAGCGAGGGAGGCAUCACCUGCUGGAGGAAGAUCAGUCCACUGUUUGAGGGUCUUGGCUAUGGUACCCAGGUCAUCGUGGCUCUGCUGAACUCCUACUACAUCGUGGUCCUGGCUUGGGGAAUCUUCUACCUGUCUUUCUCCUUCUCCUGGGAACUCCCUUGGUCCUCCUGCAACAACACCUGGAAUACAGAAAAUUGCGUGGAGUUUCAGAGGAGGAACUAUUCUGUCAACUACACCUUGCCCGAAAACUCCACUUCCCCCGUCAUUGAAUUCUGGGAGAGAAGAGCCUUGAGGCUGUCGUCCGGCAUCGACCACAUGGGCUCUCUGAACUGGGACCUGGCCCUCUGUCUGGCCAUCGCCUGGGUCAUGUGUUACUUCUGCAUCUGGAAAGGGGUCAAAUCCACUGGGAAGGUGGUGUAUUUCACAGCUACCUUCCCCUACCUGAUGCUGAUAGUUCUGCUGAUUCGAGGAGUCACUUUACCUGGAGCGGACCUAGGGAUCAAGUUCUACCUAUACCCUGACCUGUCAAGACUAGCAGACCCUCAGGUAUGGAUGGAUGCAGGCACUCAGAUCUUCUUCUCCUAUGCCAUCUGUCUAGGCUCCCUCAUAGCAUUGGGGAGUUACAACAAGUACAACAACAACUGCUACAAAGACUGCCUGGCCCUGUGCUUCCUGAACAGUGGGACAAGCUUUGUGGCAGGCUUUGCCAUCUUCUCCAUCCUUGGUUUCAUGGCUUAUGAACAGGAUGUCCCCAUCUCAGAAGUAGCAGAGUCUGGUCCUGGUCUGGCCUUCAUUGCGUACCCUCGUGCUGUGGCCAUGAUGCCGUUUUCUUCGCUAUGGGCCGUUUUCUUCUUUAUCAUGAUCAUCCUGCUAGGGUUGGACAGUCAAUUUGUGUGUGUAGAGAGCUUGACAACGGCCAUGGUGGACAUGUACCCCGAGGUGUUCCGUCGUAAGAACCGCAGGGAGCUCUUUCUGGCUUUAGUGGCCUUCAUCUCCUUCCUCAUGGGCCUGGUCAUGCUGAUGGAGGGUGGGGUGUAUGUGUUCCAGCUGAUGGACUACUAUGCUGCUAGUGGCAUGUGUCUUCUCUUCAUGGCCAUCUUUGAGACGGUCUCCAUCGCAUGGGUCUAUGGUGUCGACCGCUUCUAUGAUAACAUCGAAGACAUGAUUGGCUACCGUCCAGGACCUUACAUUAAAUACUGCUGGCUGUAUGUCACCCCAGCCACAUGCAUUGCCACCUUUGCAUUCUCCCUCAUCAAGUACACCCCUCUGAAGUACAACAAUGAGUAUGUGUACCCCUGGUGGGGCUAUGUGAUAGGCUGGCUCCUGGCUCUUGCCUCCAUGGUCUGCAUCCCUCUCUGGAUUAUCUACAAACUCGCCACCACAGAAGGAACGCUCAGAGAGCGCAUUCACAUCCUCCUCCAGCCCUCUAACGACCUACCCAAAACCAAGAGAGAACAGGAGAGGAUGCUGGCCACCUUCGCCCCCAAGGGCGAGGGAGGCAUGGAGCCAGUAGGGGUACCAAACAAAGAUGGCUACCUCCCAGUGGGGGUGAAGGACUCAAACUGCUAAGGAAACCCCAGUGACAGCGUUGGAGUGACUCAUUCAGUCAAUUAAGUCAUUUUUGGAAAUUAACUGAAAAUCCAAUUCAAGAAUUCAAGAGAAAGUGCAUCAGGCAGCCAGAUAAGCAAUGAGAGAGAGGAACAAGUGUGCACUCUUGCAUCCCAUAAGCUCUCUUUUACAGAACCAAUGGGCUUUCAGGUAGAAAACAUGACAACUGUGUUCAAUUACAAAAGCUUAUUUCUCAUUGUUCAGUGGACACUGAUCUACACGUGUAUAAUAUUGUCUGUCUAUGGCCAAGUGGGAGAUUGUUGUUAGGCCUACUGUAUUGUAUUAAAGGAAUCAUCCUACUGGGCACAGAUGUCAAUUCAACGUCUUCCACGUUACGUUAGUUCAACGUAAUUUCAUUGAAAUUACGUGGAAACAAUGUUGAUUCAACCAGUGUGUGCCCAGUGGGCUGGUAAAGAAAAAUAAGCUGUACACUACAAAUGAGAUCAAUAACCAUUGAUAUUGUUAUAAUGUGGAUCAUUGUUAAACGAGGAUGUAUUGUAUCACCUUUGUCAAUUUAACAAGAGCUAACAACCGUCCCUGACGAAGGCCAUGCAGCCGAAACGCGUCAGAUAAAAAAAAAAAAAUCUUGUUUCUAUUGAACAUGCCAUACAAAUAAAGGCAUUUUAAUUAAUUAUAUGAAGUGUGCCUUGGUCCUCAUUUCUUUUUGAUGAACAAUUCACCCCUUUGACCAAAGAGCACCUUCUGUCUACCAACAUUUACUAUUGUGUACAUUAGUAGCGCUUCCUUUCUAAGAGCUAACAACCGUUGGACUAAUAGAAAACUAUGUACAAUAUUUUAAUGAUUAGAUUUUCUGUGUAACAUGACUACAAAAGAAAUAUGAAUCUGUAUGUUUUGAAAUAAACAAAAUGUGUAAUAUA